AUGGACUUCACACCUUCAUUCAGACAAAGUCAUCGCGACCACGCCAUGACUUUCUUCAACUUCCUGCCUCUGCUCACCUACCUCCAUCAUCCGAACCGAGCAGUCAGCAACGGUGGGCCAGCGGACAUGGGAACGAGAAUCACUGGACCCGAGCAAUCUGCAAAAUGGAGUCUGUCAGCAGGGAUCGCCCGCCCGCACCCGACCCGAUCGAACGGUUGA